AUCGUAAUCCCUAAUAUUUUUAAUUUGCAGACAUUUUAAUAAUAACGAAGAUAUUAAAAAUAAUUAUAAUCACCGUCUUCAGAUUUUUUACCUACAAUACAACAAUACAGGAAAAGUUACCAUGGAAUGACUACUAUUGGAAAUGUAGGAAUAGGCCUUUUCAUUUUAAUUAUACUCUGGAUAAUAACAUUAGUUGUCUUUAUAGUCAGUAUAAAAUUGCAAAGCAAUAUUUUCUUGGAUAAGUUUAGGGUCAGCUACUGCUAUUACCAUUAUACUAUUAAUAAUUCCCACUGAUAAAGGAAUACCUUUGGAAGAGUCUGAAGUUUUUGAAAAAGAUUAUUGUUUUAUUUACAAGAAUCUUCUACUAUCAAUAUUGAUAUUCAGUGGCUUACUUGGUUUUGGAAGCUUUUUCAUUCUACAUUGCACAGUUCCAGUGCGUCCAAAACCUAUACAUAGCGCUUAUUUAGAAGAAGAAAAAUAUGAAUAAAAUUGUGAUAUCUCUUUUGACUAAGAGAACUUUUUCCUCUAGUACUGUUCUGAAAAGAAUAAUUAACAUAACAAACAAUGAUGAGUUCCUUGCAAAAGUUAUGCAUUCAAGUAACCCAGUUAUAGUUAAUUUUCAUGCUGAGUGGUGUGAACCAUGCCAUAUUUUGACACCAAAGAUGAAAGAAUUGAUUGAACCUAAAACUAAUAUAGAUUUAGCUAUAGUAGAUGUAGAGCACAAUGCAGAGUUGGUAGAUACUUUUGAAGUAAAGGCUGUGCCCGCUGUAAUUGCUGUCAGAGAUGGAAUUGUGGUUGAUAAGUUUAUUGGUUUAGUAGAUGCAAAUAUGAUAGAAACUUUGAUAGAAAAACUGGACCAAAAGUCAUGAUACACAUUUUGUUAUUGUUGUUAGUAAUUAUUUUAAGUAAAACUCU